CUGGCUUUUACUCGCAUCAACAUGCAGAAAAACAUCACCUUGAUCACAAACCCAGCUGUACGAGGCACCAUCUUGAACCUGACCUUAACAGCCCUUGCUCCGGGAUUUAAAGACUUUGAGCCUGAAGACUUCACGCUGUGGUUCCAGGUCAAUUUGGCCACUGUGACGGCCAGCCUCCAUCCUGGCAGCUUGGUGGUGAUCCCGAGCAAUAUCAGCUGUACAUCCUUCGCAGCUAUACUCACUGGUCUUAGGAAACCUUUGGAAUCCUUGCCACUACACCGUUCACAUGAUGUGAGAUCAGCCAUAGCUUCAUUCAAGGAGACUUUCCCAUACGUUGUUACUUUUUCAGGUUGCGCAAUUGCAGAGUCCUUGAUGUGCAAACAGACCUUGGUUGAUGAGGACCUCAUCUGUGCUGCUGUCAAUAGAUCACAACUCGACCAAACCUUGUCUAUUGGCAAUUCCUCUGAAGCCAUGUGCAAUGUGACUGUCAUCGCGCAUGCCUGUUCCUCUGCUACACAUCUCACACCCAACAACUUGGUGAGACUGGUGUUAUGCACACUGGAAAGCAACAGGACAUAUCCGGUGGAGGCCUGGAAGCUUCUCUUCCAAAAAGCUUUGACUUCAGUAGACCAUGCUCUUGAAUCAUUUGCUACCAUGGCCGGCAACAGCAGCUUCCAUCCUCGUCAAAUGCUCUUGAUGCUCUUGGAGAAGUCCAGGGUCUCAACUUCACCCAGGCACAGCUACAGAGUGGUGACUUUGUCAAAAGCUGGUUCCGCACAUUGCGUCCCCUUUUGGCCUCUCCAUCGUCCAACUUCCUAUUCUGCCUGA